AGCCAAAAUGACAACAGACUGGGGUGAGAAAUCCACAGCGGAUCUUAUGACUAGAUAUGUGUCCAAGGAAAUGGGAUAUGGAGUACCCAAGGAAGGAUGGCGCAUCUGUCUGGCACACGAGUUCAAGGAGAAGAGAAAACCCUUUCAAGCUAAAGAUGUCUCGCUGUCCAACGUCUUAGAGCACAUUGGUCUUGGGAUCAGGUAUCUAAAAUGGUGGUACAAGAAGACUCAGGUGGAGAAGAAGGCUCCAUUCAUCGAUAUGUUUCGUGCCCAACCCCUGAAACAAAUAUAUGGUGCUCCACUAGGUGGGAUUGGGGGAGGAACCAUCACGAGAGGUUGGAGGGGUGAAUUCUGUAGAUGGCAACUCAACCCUGGGAUGUACCACUAUAAAACCGUCACAGCCAAUCAGUUCACAGUGUGUUUGCGUCGUGGGGGACAAACCGUUUACCAGCAGGUGCUUUCUGUAGAGCGUCCUCCCACGUUACAAGGCUGGAACUGGGGCUACUGUGGAGAGUACGCCUUCUACCAUGCCUUGUUCCCCCGUGCCUGGACUGUCUACCACCUCCCUGGACAGAAUGUCACCCUCACCUGCCGACAGGUUUCCCCGGUUAUCCCACACGACUACCAGGACUCCAGUCUGCCAGUGGCAGUAUUCGUGUGGGACAUAGAGAACAAGAAUGACUACGCUCUAGACGUCUCCAUCAUGUUCACUAUGGUCAACGGGUCGGGACACAAGGAUGACAAGAGCGGGGGACACUGGAACGAACCAUUCCACCUGGAGAAAGAGGGAGAGGCAGUGUCUGGGGUCUUGCUACAUCACUGCACAACGGUGAACCCGUACACCUUGUGCAUCGCAGCCCGAGAGCAGCCUGACAAGGAAAUCAGUCAUCAGACAGCAUUCAGUCCAAAGGGAACCUGCAGUGGUUUGUGGAGUGACCUCAUCACUGAUGGACGUCUGGACUCUCCGACAGGCUCCAGCCCGCCAACACCUAAAGGAGAGAAGGUCGCUGCAGCGCUGGCUGUGGGCUGCUCAGUGCCGGCUCAGGGUCAUAACACACUGGAAUUCUGCCUGGGGUGGGACAUGCCCAAAAUCACCUUCGGGUCUAGGGAGAGAGAGCACAUCAGGAGAUAUACUCGGUACUAUGGAACCAAUGGGGAUGCGUCCCCCUCACUCUGUCACUAUGCUCUAACGCAUUACAAACAGUGGGAGAAGAGCAUUGAGGAGUGGCAAAGACCCAUACUGCAGGACAGUUCUCUCCCCUCCUGGUAUAAGUCAGCCCUGUUCAACGAGUUGUACUUUGUGACGGAUGGAGGGACUGUGUGGACGGAGCUACCAGAGGACGCUGAUGUCAGUGGCGGAGUGCGCAGCGAGAACGGGGGACUGCCAGCUCAGCCAGCUGUCAUCAAGGAGUAUGGGCGUUUUGCCUAUUUAGAAGGUCAGGAGUACAGAAUGUACAACACAUACGACGUGCACUUCUACGCUUCCUUUGCACUUAUCAUGCUGUGGCCCAAGCUUGCCUUGAGUGUGCAAUAUGAUAUCGCUGGCAGUGUGGUUCAGAAGGACCCAACAGAGAGACUCCAUCUGAUGAGUGGGCUGUGUUCUCCAGUCAAGGCCAAAAAUGUGGUGCCUCACGACAUAGGAGACCCAGAUGACGAACCAUGGAAAAGGGUAAAUGCCUACCUCAUUCAUGACACUGCGGACUGGAAGGACCUGAAUCUGAAGUUUGUCCUGCAGGUCUACAGAGAUUUUCAUCUCACCCAGGACAACCAGUAUCUACGGGACAUGUGGCCCAUCUGCCAGGCGGUGAUGGAGUCAGAGAUGAAGUUCGACCUGGAUGGAGAUGGCCUGAUAGAGAACUCUGGAUAUGCUGACCAGACCUACGAUGGAUGGACAGUGACUGGACCAAGUGCGUACUGUGGUGGGCUGUGGUUGGCGUCAUUGUGCGUGAUGUGUAAGAUGGCCAAACUGGUGGACAACGAGGAGACAUACCAACGUUACAGAGACAUCCUGGACAGAGGCAGCGCAGCUUUUGAUAAACUGCUCUGGAACGGGAAGUACUACAACUAUGACAGCAGUGGGAGAGACCUUUCUAACAGUGUCAUGUCUGACCAGUGUGCUGGCCACUGGUUCCUAAGGGCGUCUGGGCUGGGAGAGGACGACUACCAGGCUUUUCCAAAUGAAAAGAUCAAGAGUGCACUGAAAUCAGUCUUUGACUUGAAUGUAAUGAGCUUUGCUGGAGGCCAGAUGGGGGCAGUUAAUGGCAUGCGUCCGGAAGGAGUGCCUGACCGCUCCAGUGUCCAGUCAGACGAGGUUUGGAUUGGAGUGGUGUAUGGACUGGCAGCGACUAUGAUUCAUGAGGGUAUGCAGGAAGAAGGUAUGCGCACGGCAGAGGGUUGCUACCGGACUGUGUGGGAGAGGCUGGGCAUGGCCUUCCAGACUCCUGAAGCUUACUGUGAGAAGGGUAUCUAUCGCUCUCUGGCCUACAUGAGGCCUCUGAGCAUCUGGGCCAUGCAGCUGGCCCUAAACUCUUCACAAAAGGAUCAGACCACGUCAUCUCAAACCGGAGCAACGGACAGGGAGCAGGGACAGGAUUUGAGAGGAAAUCAGAGCUAGGACCCUGAGCCAUCAUACUUGAAAUUGAUGACCUCCAAAUUCUCCUGCAGCCUCCACACAUCUGCAUUUGAUGGGUUACAAACGUUGAAUUAAAUUGUCUACAGUUUGUUUUGCUUCAGAUGUUGCGUCAUUUGAGGCCUGAAGUCAGAAUUAUGAUGGUUUAUGCUUGAAAAAGUCAUUAUCUACUAUAGAUUGUGGUAUUUUUUUGUUAGGUGAGGAGAACAGACUGCAAAUAGAUAGAGUGACAGCCAGGCAAUGUCAAAAUCAUAGCCAGCGUGUAUUGCUAAUUAAAAAUUGACCUUGGGUUCAAGCAACAUAUUGUCUAUCUGCACGCAUGUACACACACAUGCAAGCACUACAUUGCACAGUUCACGAUCAUGUCAAAAAUAAUGUAUAUAUGCUAAAUAUUUGAAGAGCGUUGCCUGUUAUUAUACCAGCCACAUGUAAUAAUUUUCUUUUAACAGUUGAGUACACCAGAGGCCCUGUUAAUGAAUACAAUUAGAUACAAAUGAUUACUGGACCAGAAAUGUAGACACCUGAAGUUAAUUUGAUUUCAUUUAUAUUUAAAUGCUGUACUCAGUGAUGUAAAAUGUGAUGAGUAGUGUUGGAAAUCAAGUCUGAAAAAAAGAUAUAGAUUUUCCCUUUUUUUCUUUUGUUAAUAGCAUUUGGUGCCUUGUUGCAUGUUGGCUUGUAUCUACAGUAUAUUAUGUAGCGGCAACAUUUACCAUGUUUUAUAGAAUCCAAUACUCAUGACAAUCAUGCUGAAUAAAUAACUGAACAAAAUACAAGAGGUUGUACAUUA